AUGACCUCUUUCCUUAUCAAAGCACACGUCGACAGAAAGCCCUCAGCUUGGCAUACGGACCCUGAAUGCGCUUUCUGUCGCAUCAUCAGUGGUGAAGCUCCGUCCAGACGCGUAUACGAAGAUGAUAAGAUUAUCGCCAUCCUAGAUAUCCUUCCCCUACGCAAGGGCCACACUCUAGUUAUUCCAAAGGUGCAUUAUGCGCGCAUAUCGGAACUCCCCCCAGAAUUUGCCGCCGCACUGGGCGCGGGCGUAACCAAAGUCGCUCAUGCUUUGACACAAGCUCUAAACAACACCGCUUUGAAUGCAGUGUGCAAUCAGGAAUAUGCACAAGCAGUCCCACAUGUACACUACCAUAUAAUUCCGGCCCCCACUUUCUCUACGGAGUCUAAACCGCCGAAUACCAUACACGAACCUCCUUUAACGAGGCGCCAGAUGCAUCAAAUGGAGUUCGAAUCUCGACAAGAGUUGGAUGAUGACGAUGCUGCGUCUCUUCUGCAACUUUUAAGAGCAAAGCUAUAG